AUGACACACUGUCCCAAUAUACCAGUGGCUUCCAGCUACUCUUUAGCGUUAGUAAAAGUCACUGCAGCAAUCCCCGUCGAGGGUGCAAGACCCGUAUGCGGCACUGCAUUGUGCCCUGACGGACAUAGAUGCUGUCAAAGCAACAAUAACGGCGAGGAAGGAGAAACGCAUUGUUCGAGCGAGGUGAUAUGGGAUCUGAUCUCGAAUAAUAACUCUGGGGAUGGGGGGCCACGUCUGCCAGUUGCUUUGGCAGAAAGGUUAUGGCUGGCGGAUGGUAGGGCAUCACGACGAGAGUCUAUACAUAACCUGGCAGAUCCCCUGGGCCGACGGAUAAACGAUCCAUAUCCUGAGGCAGAUGUGCAUAGCAUUAUACGGAAGGCCUAUGGGUACGGGUAG